ACCCCAAGCUAUUAUUGAGUAAGAUGAACUGUGAAUCUCAUACGAACUCAUGAUUAUGAGUGCAAAUAUAGAUAUUCAUAACAUAUCACUGGUUUGACAUCAUCACGUGGUUUAUAGUCAGCAUUUCUCAGUAUAUACGACAUAUGCCAGUGUGCCAUUGCCACUGUUAGGACAAACAAGAAAACAAUGGAAAACGUGUUUCCUCCACAGCCAAAACGGAUCAGAGUUACUCUGGAGUCUGAUAAUCAUACCAAUUUGGCUGCUGAUCUCUGGAAAAAGAGGCCAGAAUUUACAGAUGUUGUAUUCUUGGUGGGUGGCAGGGAGUUUCCUGCCCAUAAGAUGGUGCUGGCCUCCAAAUCCGACUAUUUCAAGAGGAUGUUGUAUGGGAGGAUGAAAGAGGCAUCACAGAAGAAGAUUAAAUUAUUUCCUGAUGGUAGUGUAGCCCCAGCUACCUUUCAGAAAGUGCUACAAUAUGCCUAUAUUGAAUCCCUGAAACUUGAUGAACCAUUAGAUGACAUCCUGGCUAUUACUUAUGCUGCCGAUUGCAUGUCUUUUACCGAGCUGAAGUCAAAGCUGGGAGAACAUUUGAAAAACAGUAUAAAUGUUGGCACCGUUAUCAAGCUUUAUGUUUUCAGCAAAGGGAAUGAAUUAUUGACGGCACACCAUAUUGAUAAAAAGUGCCUUGAUUUUAUUGAGAAUCCCUCAAAUACUUCUGCUAUUUUGAAGUCAGAGGAAUUCCUUGAGCUACCUAAAGACUAUCUGAAAGAAGUCAUUUCCCGUGAUACAUUUGUUGCUCCAGAGAAUGACAUUCUUCAAGCAGUUUUGAAGUGGAAGGCACACAACGAAGAAGAAGAUAUUGCAGGCAUAGUUGAACAAAUUCGACUCAGCCGAUUCACAGCGAUGGAAAUUUUCACAAUAGUUGAGCCAACUGGAUUAUUUACCGAGACAGAUAUUUUGGACGGUAUUAGGGUUGUAAAUACAGCAGAUCUUUCCAGAACACGUCCAAGAGGCAGAUACUACUAUGAAGGUGAGCAAACUAAUUUUCUUGCAAGAGAAGCCAAGGACAUUACAUUUGAUAGUAGGUAUAAAGGUGAAAUCAGUAUAUCUUUACCAAGAAGUUACCUGCUUAACUUCCUGUGUUUUGAAGUACAUCCUGAUCUCCCUGCUUCUGAUAAAUCAAAGGGGUACACAUAUGAAGUCCGUGUUCAGUUGGACGGUCAAACAAUGUUAACCCUGUUUGAUUAUUCCAAUGGUGAUUAUUUUAACUGCCGAGGACAACAAGUACUUUUCUUCCCUACCCUCACUUUAAGGAGUGUAGACGUAAUUAUUCACUCAAUUGAGGGAAUACGAAAGGAUGGAAACUACUCAAGUACAUAUACAACACUAACUUCACACAGGAUUUCAACCCUGCAGUUUUCAGAUAAAAACAUUCCAUUCAAGUUCAUGAAAGGAAUAAUAGCUCCUCUUUGUGACUAUGAAGUUCAGUUUACUUCUUUUUCAAAGAAUGAGAAAAAUAAGCUAUCUUCUGAAGCCUUUUUUAACCAGCCCUACUCCGUAUCUACUCUCAUGUGAGUAUCCCUCUCUAAAGUGUAUAAAUAAUUACGACAUUUUUGCGUCAAAUUUUUCAGGAUUAAUAUCACCUAUGACCCCAUGGUUUCCCUGAUGGCACAUAUUGAAAUGGUAAUGGGCCAAAAACAAAACAGAGGAGAGCGAAAAAAGAGUCUGUUUCAAGAUAUAAGAUCACCUAUCAAGCUAAAUUUGGAAGAAAUGGUGAUAGGAUAUGUGAAAAUCACCAUCAUCCCAGCGUCUGGAACACUCCCUGAACUUGCACCCGACAAACAUGUGACUAUAACCAGCAUUCGAUGCAGGUCUAGCGCCAAGGUAGAUGAUGUUAACAUGGCGCAGUGGGGUCCUUACAUCAGAGCAAGUUGACUAUAAUUCUAGCCAGCAGAGCAUAAUAUGUAACAUUUUACAGCUCUUAGUCUUAGAUAGAGAUGUAUUAUUAAUUCUCAAAAGAUUUAACAGUCUAGACGAGACAACUCAAGACCUCCACGAUACAGGUAGUCUGUCUCUGAGGAACAGUCCAUGAGGCUCCUGGGUACCUGGUGGUAGGAGAGACAGGU